UCCUUCGUCCAGUGCUCCGAUCGAGUGUAUUGUGCAGCCUCUGUGUGCAGGUUCAGUGCGUGCAGGCGCUGCUCAGCGCGCGCCCUGCUCUACGAGAGGAAAUGCGGAUCGAUCACCCCGAGGCUGCGGCAGGCUACCCGUACAGUGUAUGUUUUCGCCAGAUGAUCUUCAGUGGCCUUGCAAUCAGGGACCACCAGAGACAACGCCCCGACGUGUUGCGUCCUCACCGGAGCUCCAAACGCCGCCACCUCGCUCCACCCGUCCAGGCCACCCCGACAUGCGCCGUCACCACCACUGAACCGCCCACGUCGUGCCCGUCCCGUUCGUCUCCUUCCCCUCCGCCGAGGAGCACCGCCGCCACCGCCCGUCCGCCGCCUGACGCCAACGCCGCCGCCCCCUGCUCGUCGUCAUCGCCGCUGUAAGCCGA